GAGCGCAGCAGCUGGAUUUGAGCUCGAGCCAGCUAUGAUCUUCCAACAGCUUUAUUGAGACACACUUUUUAAUGGCGUUCAAUUGACCAAUUAUUUUAAAAGUCCACUUUAUCUGCGACGAAACCUCGAAAUGGGGACUAACAAAUAUUUUUUCUCCAAAAUGUCCCUUAAGGGACUCCGUAAUUUGACACCAGAACUUGAAGUUAGCUUGCAUUUUGACUUUUUGAAACAUUUAUUUUAAUCCAGUUUAAGUUAUUUAUGUACCAUCAGUUGUUGAGAUCAUUUUAUACAUAAUAAAACACGGAAAGUCUUUGUCUUUGGUUAUCAAGUUGUGAUUCCCAACCUUUUUAUUUUUGCCAGUAUAAAAUUAGACUCCAGCCCUCACCACAACCUGCAGGCUGCAUAGUGACAAAUAAAUUAAAGUGACUUAUUUUUAUGUUAAAUACAAUUUCUGUAUUGUAUUUUGAACCAACAAGUUCCUCUUUUUCUGAGGAAAAACUCUUAGGUUUUGGCCCUGGGACAUUAGGAUUAUGCAGUCUUCAUAACUUGAAGCCAUAUUGUAUGCAACUAGCUUUUUACUUCCUGUUUUACUUUUGGAAAACAGGAAGUAAAUGGAUUCACUUGUCAUCACAUGUUCAGAUAUUUGAAACAUUAGUCAUUAGUCAACAAUAGUCAUUUAUUUUUUGCAUUGAUUUGGUCACAUAAAUAAAAUAAAUAUGGACUGAGUUAUGUUUAAUUAUUAUCCCUCUUAAAAUCAAGAGGGCUUCAAGACGUUCUGUUAAUUUUUGGCACCCAAUGUGGUUCACCAGACAAACAGAUUUUCUAGACUGUGAAAAAACUGAAUAUGUUCAAUUCUGCAUUUAUAUAGAUUUAUUUAUUCUAAUUUAAUUAUUUGACAAAAUAAAAAUAAAACAAUUCAACACAACAAAAAUGCAAUAUGGAAUGAAAGGGAGCAGACCGGAAGUAUGAACUUUUUCAACCUGCUGCUUCAUAUCCCACAAUUAAAUAAAUAUAGAUUUAAUUUCCGGUAUACUCUCUCUAUGAGUGGCUGACCCAGGUGACUACAUUUCCCAGAAUGCACCGGCUCUGUUUAUGAAAGCUGAACCCCGGCUGCUCUCCUCGGGCUACCUGCACCGGCUGUCCGGCGUGUUUCGAAGUUAUGAGGCCCUUUCACGCUAUUUCGCCGUGCUUUAAAAAGAAGUGCACGUUUGGGUGAGUCUGUGUCCUUCACGGAACAUGAAAUGGAGAUCACUCGGGCCAGACCGUCAUUGUAUGGAGAAAUCGGUAAGUAGCUUACAGUUGAUGAGCAACACUCACCCAAGACAAGUGAUAUAAAUAAACCAGGAAUUGAUUGCAUGGGGUCGAUACAUGCUGUCGCUCCUCAUCUUUAGAUUUCCUCCCGUGCAGACUGUCCCUGACUGUCCAUCUAACGUGUAGCUAUGUUAGUAGUCUUAGCUUGCUUUGGAGAAGCCCAUGUUAAUUUGAGAGCAUGACAGCAAAUUGUAAGCCUGUUAGUGAGGCCGACAGGCUUCAGUUAUGCAUGUUGCUCACCUGAACACGUCCAGCAAUGUGCUCCAGGCGAUGCAGGACACUGGAUCCAAUAACACAGCUAUGCUCUUCUAUUACAACCUCAGCAGCAUUGUUGUAGAGGAGGUUAAUCUGACAAAUUGAAAGUAAAGAGCUCCUCCUGCAUCUUACAGCGCUUAUAAAAUAUUAAACUGUAUUAUGCUGCAGCCUGAUAUCUGCUUGAACAUGUAUCUGCUCUUGGUGCUUGAGCCUGGAUUCUUCAGUUGAAUUGUGCAACAGGAAGAACCUUGAUCUAGAAACGAGUGAUAACCAUGAACAAUGACUGUAGACAUCAUGACUGGAAGUCAUUUGAAGUUUCACGUAUCUGCAGCUCAUGGCUUGGGAUUCUGGACAGACCGGUCUGCAGUGCACGAGGCUGCUGCACAGGGCAGGGCCCUCCAGCUGCAGCAGCUGAUCGAGGGAGGUGCAGCAGUCAACAUUGUGGCUGUGGACUCCAUCACUCCUCUGCAUGAGGCGUGCAUCCAGGGCCAGACCCAGUGUGUCAGACUGCUGCUGGAUGCUGGCGCACAGGUUGACGCUCGUAACAUUGAUGGCAGCACACCGCUGUGUGACGCCUGUGCAGCAGGUAGCCUGGAAUGUGUCAAGCUUUUGUUGGAGUAUGGAGCAACAGUCAACCCUCCCCUGUUCACCUUCUCUCCACUUCACGAGGCGUGCAUGGGAGGUAAUUCAGAAUGUGUUCAGUUAAUGAUUGAUCGAGGGGCUUUCAUGGAGGCUCAUGACUGCCACUACGGGACGCCGCUUCAUGUCGCUUGCGCCAGGCAGCAUUACGAUUGCGCCAAAGUGCUCCUCAAUGCAGGGGCAAACGUGAACGCAGCGAAGCUCCAUGAGACCGCCCUCCACCACGCAGCCAAAACAAAGAACAUCAGCCUGAUCGAGCUUUUGGUGGAGUUUGGGGGGAACCUGUACGCCAGGGACAACCUGAACAAGAAGCCCAUCCACUACGCCAGUCGGGGUUCUCCCUCCUACCUCUGCCUUGAGUUUUAUGAGAAUACACCCCUCAGUCUGCAGCAGAUCAGCAGAGUCGCUUUUAGGAGGACGCUCGGCUUGAGAGCACAUGAAGUCAUUUCCAAGCUGAACUUGCCCAACCGCAUCAUCAGCUUUCUUUUUUACAUGCCGCCUCAGGUUAUUGAAAUUUAAUGGUCUGUGAAGGAACUUGAGUGCAGCUGUUCGCAGGUUCAAUGCUGUCUGGUUUUCAACUGCAGGUAAUUUGGUUUUGUGUCCAGAAAUCCACAUGACAGAAUGCUGCACAGAUGUCUUAACACUGCCAGAAAAGACAUGUACAUUAGUAGAUUUUAAUUAUUAGGAAUCCUAGACAUUGCUCACAAUCUGGCUGCUUGUAUCCUGGAGAAACAAGCCAUCAUCAGCGUUGCUCUUUUGUUGACAACAGGUCAACAUCAGGUUUGAAUAUUCAUUUACGUUCUCUUUCUUUUCUCCUGCUCCUGUUUGUAGAUAUUCUUCAUAAAGAACUCCAUUUGACAGUUGAAGUACAGUUACAGCUGCUCAUUGUGAAAAUCGAAAGAUCAAAUGAGCUGUUGUUUUGGUGAACCUGCGUAGGUGGCUGCUCUCUCAUGGCUCUGGUGCUGGGUUUGAUCAUCGUCUUACAUGCAGCACUGAAACUCCGGUGCUUUCCAGCAGCGCGCUGAAUAAUCACAGUAACCUCACACCUCUGGGGGUGUGUGCUGAGCCCAAACAUUUAACACAUUGGAAGCGUCACUGAUCAUCCUCCAUGACUUUCAGUUUCAUUCUUCACGACAAAGUCAAGUGCAGAACUCUUUGGAAGAGACGGAAAACACGAUUGAAUGUAGGUGGGAUGAUCCCCUGAGCGGGAGAACACAUUUCUUUGUUCUUAUGGAGUAUAUAUAUUUUAAUAAUCUUACACACUGCUUUUUGAAGCUUCAGUUGUUUCUACAAAGGUUUACAUUAACAUUAAGGUUGACUUGUUUCAAUGGAAUGUGACCAUCAACUGGAUUAUUCAAUGGUAUCUCUGGGUUUAUUGGCAAGGGUUAUCUCAUUGUAUGUAUUUGUAAAUAUUCUGUAACUAUGUAUUUGUCAUGUACAUUUGUAAAUAUACAGAUGGUCUUACCUCUAUGAAGUUCAUGUAAAUAAUAAAAUAGAUAACUUACAGACUAUUUGGAAAAACAAU